AUGGCGGGCUCUCCGGAGGCGGCGGAGGAGGCGGAGCAGGGCCCAGAACCCCGAGCCGGGGUCGCGGUGCGGCGGGGGAAGAGGACUGCCCCGACAGCCGCAGACCCGCAGCCGGCCAAGCUGAGCCGCGCCGAGCUCUACAAGCCGCCGACCAGCGAGGAGCUGACCCAGCUGAAGGAGACGGAAGAUCUAUUCCACUCCAGCUUGCUCCGCCUGCAGAUUGAAGAGCUUUUGAAGGAGGUGACAUUGAAGGAGACGAAGAAGAAGAAGAUUGAUGCCUUCCUUCAUGAAAUUAACAGCCUGUUGGGUGCUAUCCCAGAGACUCCAGAAACUGAACUCACUGACCAGGCCUGGCUUUCCAAGGAUGUGAGGGUCCCAUUCCUGCAAGUGCCAUUCAACGUCAAGGGAAGGUUCCACUUUGUGCCCCCAGCCGAGCUGAAGGUGGUGGGCAGUUACCUGCUGGGUACCUGCAUUAGGCCAGAGAUCAAUGUGGACAUUGCAGUGACCAUGCCACGGGAAAUCUUUCAGGACAAAGACAACUUGAAUCAACGCUACCACCGGAAGAGAGCCCUGUACCUGUCCCACAUUGCCCAGCAUUUGUCCAAGGAGAAACUCUUUGGCAGCGUGAAGUUUGCCUACAUGGACAGCAACCAUCUGAAGCCCAUCCUCCUCCUGAGGCCUCAAGGCAAGGAUGAGAAGAUGGUCACGGUCCGACUCCAUGCUUGUCCGGAGUCGGGUCUCUUCAAACCCAGCCGCUUCUAUCCGAGCAAGAACAACGUCCGGACCGCCUGGUUCAUGGAGCAGAGCGCCCCCAAAGAAGGAGCCACUGAGCCCCCGACCCCGCACUACAACAACUCCAUCCUCUGUGACACAGUGAUGCUCUCCCACCUGCAUUUCUUGUCUAAUGCAGCCACAGACUUCCCAGGCAUGAAAGAUGGCCUAGCCCUCCUCAAAGUUUGGCUGAACCAGCGGCAGCUGAGCAAGGGCUUGGGGUGCUUCAGUGGCUUCUUGGUUUCCAUGCUUGUUGCCUACCUGCUGAUGAAGCGCAAGAUUGUCAAGAUGAUGAGUGGGUACCAGGUGUUGAGGAGCACGCUGCAGUUCCUGGCCACCACAGACCUGAGUGUGACAGGGAUCAGUCUAGCCAAGGAUGCUGACCCCUCCCUGCCUGUCCUGGAUGAUUUCCACCAGGCAUUUGAAGUGGUCUUUGUGGAUCCCUCUGGACUGGUGAAUCUCUGUGCUGAUAUGACUGCCAGCAAAUACCACCAGGUCCAGUUUGAAGCCAAGCGCUCUAUGGAGAUUUUGGAUGACCGGAUGGUGGAUGGCUUUCAGGUGCUGCUCAUGACCCCGAAGCCCAUGCUCAGGACCUUUGACCAUGUCUUCCACCUGAAGCAUGUCUCCAAGCUGCAGGGUGCCUGCAAGAAGAUGCAGCUGCUGAAUGAGCUGAUGGAUCGGGGUGGGAACUAUGUGGCUGCAGCCCUGCCCUUCGUUGUCUCUCUGCUGGCACGUGGUCUGUCCCAGAGAGCACAGCUUGUGGCUCACUCCCUGCCCCAGAUCCCUGAGUGGCCAAUUGAUGCUGAGCCCCCAAAACACAAGGAUGUCGGGCCCCUGACGUUUGGGCUCCUGUUUGUCCCAGAGUUUGCUGCUAGCAUGCUGGAGAAGGGUCCUCAGGCUGAUCACCCCGAGGCCUUGGAGUUCCGGACCUUCUGGGGAGAGAAGUCAGAGCUGCGUCGGUUCCAGGAUGGGAGCAUCUGUGAGGCUGUGGUGUGGGAGGCCAGCACUGUCUGCCAGAAGCGCCUCAUUCCUGAGCAGAUCAUCAGGCACCUGCUGAAGCUCCAUGCAGACAUUCCUGAGUCCUCCAUCUGCUACACAGGAGCUCUGCUGGAAUCUGUGAUCAGGACUGGGAAAGAGGCAUGGGGAACAGGCGAGGAGGCCAUGGUCAGUGUUGUCUGCUCCUACGAUGACCUGAGCCGCAAGCUUUGGAACCUGAAGGAGCUGCCGCUGACAGUGACGGCUGUGCAGGGUGUGCAUCCAGCCCUCCGCUACACAGAUGUCUUUCCUCCCAUUCCUGUGAAGCCAAUUUAUUCCUUCCAUAACAGAAAGAAGCACUUGCUGCUUCCUUCGGAGGAGAAACCCUGCCCAGCCUACAUAACCCCUUUGAAGAUCAUCUGCCACAUGGAAGGCAGUGGCCAGUGGCCACAGGACAAAGGAGCCAUCAAGCGCAUCAAGGCUGCUUUCCACCUCCAGCUGGCUGAGCUCCUCCGGCAGCAGCACCAGCUGGUUUGCAGACCUGCAGUCACCCACACUGAUGUGUACAAGGAUGGCUACGUUUUCCGUCUCCAAGUGGCUUACCACCGGGAGCCCCUGAUCUUGAAGGAAGUGGUCACUCCAGAAGGGAUGCUCAAGUACCAGGACACAGAAGAAUCUCGGCAGCUGGAGCUGGAAACAUUGCAUCUUCCCUACCUAACCAGCUCGCUGCAUGGGCUCCAGCAGCAGCACCCUGUUUUUGGCAGCACUUCCCGGCUGGCCAAGCGUUGGAUCAGCGCCCAGCUCCUGAGUGACAGCAUCUCUGAAGAGUGUGUGGACCUCCUUGUGGCAUUUCUCUUCCUCCACCCAGCCCCAUUCACACCACCCAGCUCUCCACAGGUGGGCUUCCUGCGCUUCCUUAACUUGCUGGCAACCUUUGACUGGAAAAACAACCCUCUGAUUGUCAACCUAAACACUGGCCUCACAGGUUGGAGCCACAAGAGACCAUGGGAUUGUCUUGACUCUGCAAAGUCAUGGGGUGGGGGAGAUAGUUACACCCAGCUUUUAAAGCUGAUUUAUAAAAAAGAUUCUGACUGCACAGAGAUCAAGAACAAGUUUGUAGCAGCUCGCUCUCGCCUCCCUAUCAUGUUCCUGGCCACUCCUAAAGACCAGUGGAGCUCCAUGUGGACCCGGGAGCGCCCCUCAGCACAGAUCCUGCAGCGCCUUGUCCUGCUCGCCUCGGAGUCUCGGCGUGCCCUGGAGGAGCAGCUCAUGGACCCACUCAGUGACCAGGAUGUGAAGAUGGUCUUCCGCCCUCCUCUGGACUUCUACGAUGUCCUGAUCCACCUGAAUCCAAACCAGAUUCCUCGGCACCUGGAGAGCGUGGACCGGCCGGUGAAAUCGACUUCCCGUGGGGUGGUGAAGAACAGCUCUGCCAUGAAUAUCCUCUUUCCUGUGGUGGAUUAUGACCCUGUGCAGCUGUACCUCCAGGAGCUGAGAGGUGCCUUCGAUGAUCUUGCCUUGUUCUUCUAUGACAAGCAUGGGGGGGAAGUGAUUGCAGUUUUGUGGAAACCUCUGAGCUUCCAGCCUCAGCCUUUUAAGGUCUCCAGCAUGAAAGGAAGGAAGGUGACAACUCUGAACAACGAGCUGGUCUGUGUUCCCAAUGUGGAGGCAAUUCUGGAGGACUUUGAGAUUUUGGGAGAAGGCCUGGUCAGAAGUGUAGAAGCCCAUACAGAGAAAUGGACUAUCUAAAACCACUGAGAGGUGUCAGAAUGGCCUGUCCUGAAGCAGUUUGUUCCCUGGGUCUGUGCCUUUCUAUAAAUCAGUCCUAGAAGAGCCUUUUAGCUUUCUAAAUCCCAGAAGUGUCUGUUUUACUUUAUUUAUCUUUAUAUGUAUGGUUCAGAAAAGCAAUGGGACCUGUUACUGUUUUCAAGAAUACAAAUGCCUUUUUAUUUUGAAGAAAAUAUAAAG